UCAAAUGGGCUCCAGGGACGGCGGGGCGUGGCCAUCCCUGCUUUGCCCUAGUGUUUAAUGCUAACAAGUUAAAGCGUAACGCGCACACCUUCUAAAAUAAUUGUCAAUUAUUUGAGUUGUAUAUUUGUUAAUUGUUUUGUUUUUUUGUUAUAAUAUUUUGCUUGUCAUACACUUCUCUCGGAACACGUCCCAUUGAGUGAAAGCGUUACUUAGUCACACGUGUUAUUGUUUUGUACUUUAGAUGGAGGGCUAUCCUGUAGUUACUGACGGUGACUCUAUAAAACAACAAGAACGACACUACUACCUGUUGUCAGAGUUACAAACCCUGGUCAAAGAUUUACCGAGAAGGGUUCGGUGAAUUCGCAUAUGAAACUGGUGGGGUUCGGUACCUCCAACAAGGUUAAGGACCACUGCUCUAGGGACGAACGCUCUUUCCAGCAACGCCUGUCCUACAACACACUUGGUGAUCUGGCCCUGGCACUCAUCGAUGGAACUGUUUAUGAAAUAGUGCAAGGCCUCCUCGAUAUUCAACACCUGACAGAAAAAAACCUGUACAACCAGAGGCAAAAGUUGCACUGUGAACACCAAGCUCUAAAGCAAGAUCUCACAAGGAGGCACAAGGAAGCCCUGCUGUCAUGCAAGCCUCACAACCUGGCGCUCCUCAAAACAAAUCAUCAAGCUGAGCAAGAGGCCUUGGAAAUCCGUGUGCGAGAAGAACAAAGAAUGAUGGAUAAGAAGAUUGUGGUGGAAAUUGAUCAAAAAGUGACGGAUCAACAGAAUACUUUGGAGAAAGCUGGAGUUCCUGGAUUUUAUAUCACCACUAAUCCCCAGGAGCUAACAAUGCAGAUGAACCUACUGGAGUUGAUCCUGAAGCUUCAACAGAAAGAGUCCCAGUAUGGACUUCUAUGACAAUGAGCACAAUUUAAUUUAAGACAAUGACGUGGAGGUCACGGUAUAUUUAUCACAGGUAAAGGGGACCGACCUGUGAUGAUUGUAAUUUACAGUUUACACACUUCUUGUGGUUUAGAUAAUUCAUCCAUCCAUCCAUAUUCUACCACUUAAUCCCUUUGGGGUCGCGGGGGGUGCUGGUGCCUAUCUCAGCUACAAUCGGCCGGAAGGCAGGGUACACUCUGGACAAGUCGCCAUCUCAUCGCAGGGCCAACACAGAUAGAUAAUAUGUAUCGGAUAUGCUUUGAUGUAAUUGUUGGUGUAUAUUAA